AUGUCUGCAGACUCUGUGGAUCAAGUCUUUGAGAAGGCUAUCUCAACAAUUCAUACGUUAUCCUCCCUUAAAGGCUACAAUUCGCUACCACGGCCUCCAGCCAAUGUCAGAACGGAGCUUUAUGCCUUGUUCAAGCAGUCCACGGAGGGAGAUGUGGAGAGCGUUAUUCCUAGGCCCACGGCUGAUGGGGGGUCUCCGGAAUUCACCGUGGCUCUGAAGAAAUGGGAUGCUUGGAAAACAAAGUCCGGUAUGAGUCAAACAGAAGCGAAAAAACAAUAUAUUCAGCUGCUUAUCUCUAGUAUGAAAUCUUACGCAAUGGGAACGUUGGCGGCAAGAGAGCUUCUGGCAGACUUGGAAUUUCUAUGGUCACAAGUGUCUCAUACGCACCCGCCGGAGAACGACGACAAUGGUGGUUUGAUUAUGGCUUUGCAGGACGACUUGCAAGAUACUAAGUCACUACGUCUGCGCAGAGAAAUUUACGAGACCCUUUUUGCACUUAAUGAGCAGAAGCCCGGCCACAGAAAUACCGGAUAUCUCGAUGGUGGGCAAAACGAGGCCCCAGACAGUCCCCCAGCAUCGAAGCUUUCCAGGCUACGAAGAAUGCUACGUUACGUUACCGGGUUUUUCAUUCGUCAGUUGUGGAAAUUGGCCAAGAUACUGUUCACUCAGAGCCUGAUAGCAGCUGCAGCCAUCGUUCUGGCAAAACAUUUCCAACCCUUAUCACCACUAACCAUUGAGUGGGCCCCUACUGUGGACCGAGAAACCCAGACCCAAGGCGGCAGCUUGUAUUCAAAGGCGUAUAUUCUGGUUCGGGACGGAUUCAGUCUUAUCUUCAAGUACAUGAACAGUCAAUUCAACUUGGGCAUCCAUCGCAUUUAUAUUAACAUUAUUUAA